UUUUCCCCUUCAACAUUCGUAUUCUGAUUACAGAAUCAAGAGGAUGGUUUUAUGCUUUUUUUUUAAUAUGCUGCUUCCGAUUGAUUAAUUGUUUUGUCUGCGAGCAUUUCUACAGAAUAUGCUUGCUUUGCUUUUAGGCCAUUAGAUUCGAGCAUUGAAAGAUUGCUUUUAUUAUUCUGACACCCCCAACCCCAAAAAAAUUUGCUUUCAUUUGUAACAGGACAGCUGCAUAUAACGAAUUGUUGGAUAUGGUAUUGAUUCUGCUGUUUCUGGUGGUGUAGUAUUUGUUUUUCAUUUCCUUUGUGUUGAUUUGAGGUUCUAGCUCUUGGGGCAGUGGCAGUUACUGUUCUUGAUUCUACAUUCUAGCUACAAGACUCAAAAUGACUGUUGGGGCUGGGAUAUCUUUGAGUGAUGGGAAGUUGACGGUGUAUGGGAAGUGCGUCUUGCGUGAUGUUCAUGACAAUGUAGUGAUAACAGCAGCCUCAUCAGGCUCAGGGAAUGCACUGAUGGAUGGGGCUUUCAUUGGAGUCAGAUCAGAUCAGAUGGGAAGCAGAAGAGUCUUUCCUGUUGGAAAGCUUGAGGAGUUGCGUUUCAUGUGUGUCUUCCGGCACAAAUUCUGGUGGAUGACUCAAUGGAUGGGUGCAUCUGGCAAAGAUAUCCCCUUUGAGACCCAAUUCCUUGUUGUUGAAGUAUGUGAUGACACUCAUAUUGAUGAGGGAAGUACAGAUGAAGCCAAUCAAUCAAUAAGGUAUGCGGUUUUCUUGCCAAUUCUUGAAGGUGAUUUCAGGGCUGUUCUUCAAGGGAAUGAACAAAAUGAGUUGGAAAUCUGCUUGGAAAGUGGAGAUCCUGCUGUUGAUAAAUUUGAGGGCAGUCAUUUGGUUUUCGUUGCAGCUGGAUCAGACCCUUAUGAUGUUAUCACCAACUCAGUGAAGACAGUUGAGAAACAUUUGCAAACCUUUUCGCACAGAGAGAAAAAGAAGAUGCCAGACAUUCUGAACUGGUUUGGCUGGUGUACAUGGGAUGCUUUUUAUACUAAUGUCACUGCUGAGGGUCUGAAGCAAGGAUUAGACAGAGUCCACGAGGAAGGGCUGUACCUUUGGAACAUUGUCAUUGAGCUAUGA